GAGGGGCGCCACCAAAUUAGGGAAAAUUAGAAGGAAUUGACAGUGGAAUAAAAACAAGAAACAGAUGGUGUGAGCAGGAGGUUGGAAAAAUGAAAACAAAGAAACCAUUUUUCAACAUUCUUUUUGCUGCAAAUUCCUACAAAUCCUCCUCCUCCAUCCCAAAACCAAAACAACCCCCAAUCACCCACAAGCAUGUUCAAUAUUCACACCCCAUAUUCUGGAAAAACAGCAACAACAAGCUGUAUUCAUCAUCCACAACCACCACCCCACCACACCCAGAUUCUGCUAAACCAAACGGUGAUUCCGAUGAGCCCAUUGAUGCGGGUUCUUCGAUACGAAAGCCGAUUAGCUUGUGGCCCGGAAUGUACCAUUCUCCUGUAACCAAUGCUUUGUGGGAAGCUAGAUCAAAUAUUUAUGAACCCAAAAUUCCAGCUCAUGGUAAUAACAAUACUAAUAAUAAUACACAAGUACUUGCGAAAUCCCCCUCGAAAAGCAGGACCAGCGUUGUUUAUAAAUUCUCCACGGAUUACAUGCUUAGAGAACAAUAUCGGAAUCCUUGGAAUAGGAUGAGGAUGGGCAAAUUGGUUGAAGAUCUCGACGCCCUUGCCGGAACCAUUUCUUUUAAGCAUUGUUCCAGUGAUGACACCUUAACAAGCCCCCUAAUAUUAGUCACGGCAUCUGUCGACAGGAUUGCUCUUAAGAAACCAAUUCUAGUUGAAAGGGAUGUCACAAUUGUUGGUUCUGUCACUUGGGUUGGACGUUCGUCUAUGGAAAUUCAAUUGCUCGUCACUCAGGUCGCAAAAGAAGGAUCGGAUGAGACGGACUCAGUAGUUCUUACGGCAAAUUUUACUUUUGUUGCUCGUCAUCCUGUUACGGGAAAGUCAGCACAAAUUAAUCAGGUGAAGCCCGAAACUGAAAAUGAAAGAUUGCUCUGGGAAGAAGCAGAAGAAAGGAACAAAAGGAGGAAGGAGAAGAGAAGAGAACAGGAGAAGAUAGGCGCUGGAGAGGUAGACAGGCUCAAUGCAUUGUUGUCUGAAGGGCGAAUAUUUAGUGACAUGCCAGCUUUGGCUGAUAGAAACAGCAUUCUCAUUUCGGAUACUUGCCAUCACAAUUCUUUGAUUUGCCAACCACAGCAAAGGAACAUUCAUGGCCGGAUUUUUGGAGGUUUUUUGAUGCGAAGGGCUUUCGAACUGGGUUUUGCAACAGCUUAUUCAUUUGCAGGCAGUGCACCACGCUUUGUUGAAGUUGACCAUGUUGAUUUUUUAAAGCCUGUGGAUGUUGGAAAUUUUCUUCGAUUCAAGUCUUGUGUUUUGUAUACGGAACUUGAAAACCCUGAGAAACCUCUUAUAAACGUCGAAGUUGUGGCCCAUGUAACACGGCCUGAAAAGAGGGUCAGUGAGGUAUCCAACAAGUUCUACUUCACAUUCACUGUAAGUACAGAGUCCCUUGGUCAACAAAUACGCAAUGUGGUACCAGCUACUGAGGAGGAAGCACGUAGAGUGAUUGAGCGCAUGGAUGCAGAGACUGAAAGAUGACUUGAGGAAUCUGUUUUCUUUUUGCUUAAAUAGAACAGUAUUUCAAGUGUGGUUAUUCACUUAUCCUAUAUAUUAUAUUUUUGAUUCAUUUUUCUGUUAACUAUAUUUAUCUUUCGUA